UCUCGUUUCCCCCAACUCGCUCCCACUGCCGUCGGCGUGCCAGACUCCUUCUGCACCUCCGAUGAAAGAGAACAAAAGCAAACGACGUUGCAACCAUCAUUUUUGUGUCCUCUAUUUCUCAUUCCCACUGGUUUCGCAGGAAUCAAUCGAUCCCACAAAUGGAUUGGGGGCUUUCUGGGAUCAAUCGAUCCCCACUGACCUCCUUGGAAGAAAUGAAAGUCAGAGAUGAUUUCCUCUCCCCCACUGAUUAGCUGCCUUUCUUUUCUUCCCCUAAUUUUCUUUUGCUCUUUAUCUUUUUCGAAACUGGUAUAAUAGAUGGAUUUGGGUGGGUUGGAGGUUAAAGACGGUGAAUUUGUCUUUCAAUUCUCUUUUUUUCGAAUCGGAUUUAGGUUUUUUAUUUGUAUAUAUAUGCUAUUAACCAUUUUAUGUUGUUCAUACUUCUUUGAGUUUGAUUUACGAUUUGCAAAAAUCAAUAAGCAGACUAACAAAACCAUUGACGCUCUUGCCGCCUCCGAAUCCAUAAAUUGUCUGUCUUCAACCCAACAAUCGAUAUGUCUGUGAUUUAGUGCUUUUAGGCCUUUUUGCGAUUUGUCUUUCUCACUUGUAGAUGUGAUUCUCUGUUGAGUGACAUAUUAAAAAGAAGGUAACAGCAAUUUACUUUCAUUUAUCCAUGUUUAAUUAAUUAAUGGAAAAAAUAGAAAACAGAAACAAUGUAAAUAUAAUUCGAAGUAAAAUGUUAUUAAUUGAGAAAAAAAAAUUAAAAAGAAGGUAAUAGCAAUGUACUUUCAUGUCUUCGUAUGUCUUAGUAUUCUACUUCCAGUUUUAUAGCAGUGUUAUCCAAAAAACAAUUUUCAUUGAUAUAAAUGGAUAGACUUUUUGAAGGAUAUUCCAUCUAUUUUCAAAAAUGACCAUUCUGCCCCUACAGGAAUAAAGUAUAUUACAUAAAUGGUCACUGCAUAUACAAUUGCAGGAAAAUGGUCCCAAGUUGUACAAUUUUUUCAAAGUAUAAUCGUUUAAUAGGAAAAACUUAUAUUUAGGUUUAAUUAAUUAAUGAAAAAAAAUAGAAAACAGAAACAAUGUAAAUGUGAUUGAAAGUAAAAAGUUAUUAAUGGAGAAUAAAUUAAAAAGAAAAUAAUAGCAAUGUAGUUUCAUGUAUUCGGUUGUUUUAGCAUUCUACUUCAAUGUAUUUACCUUAAAGCUGUGAAGGAGAGAGUGAUACAAACAAAAAACGUGGUCCUGAGUUGUUGAUCCAUUUGCUAAAUCUAAGAAAAAGUGCUGAAAUGUUAUUUGAUAUAAUCAUAUUAAUAAACAAAGAAAAUGAAACCCCGAGGCGUAUGUCAAUUUUGAAUGUGCAGGGAAAGCAUAAUGCAUGUUAACCUGGUAUGCAAGAAAGAAAUUAAUUCCAAUCGGAAGAAGAGAUGUAUGACAGUUUUGAAGGAGAUGCAUCAUAUGCUAACUUGGUAUAUAAGAAAAGCAAAGAAUGUUGUUAUUAAUCAGCAUCUUAAUUAAAAAGACUACUUGGAAGCAAAGCAAUUUAAUUAGAAGAAGUAAUUAAGUUGAUUCCUCGAGUGAUGCAUCUGCCACAUUUUAAUUUAAAGUUCAGGGUAACAAAUCUUUCAAUUGCCAUUGAUGUUCAGCUCGUAUGGAUAUCACAAAAGAGAGAGAAGAUAUGGAAGAGAUUAAUCAUUUUAGUCAUAAAAAUCAUCCAUUAAAGCUUGUCAACUCAGAGACGAUUGAUAAUGCUGGUUUGGAGAAUCGUGGUGGUGGUGGUGUAAUAGGUUGCUAUGCAUGUCAAAAACCUAUAUCAUCAAGUGGCUUUGCAUAUGCUUGCAUGCCAUGUCGUCACUUUAUGCAUAAAGCAUGCGCACAGCUUCCGCUCACUAUCAAUCUGCCUUCCUUGUAUGAGCAUCCUCUAACGCUACGGGAUCGCGGACCUGUAAAAGAUUUCAGAUCUUGGACUUGUGAUGUUUGUUGUAAUGUAAACCUAGGUAGGGGGUUUUAUUAUAAUUUUAGAAAACCAGAGGACAACUUUAAGUUUAAUGCUUGCAUAGAUUGUUGUGUUGUUGAGAUUGGUCGCAAGGUGGAAGCUGAUGUUAUCAAGGAGGGGACAAGGAUCAAGAUUGAACAUGAAGGUCAUCCACAACACACUUUAUCCCUUCAGUUAAGACCCGCUGCAUUCCUGUGUGAUGCUUGUAACACUGAGGAUAAAGGUUUGUUCUAUCUUUGCGACAGUUGUGGCUUUUGGAUCCACAAGACUUGUGCUUCCUUAGCCCCUACCAUCCAUCGACCGCAUCAUCACCCUAAUCACCCACUCACUCUGGUCUAUUCUCUUCCAGAAAAAUUCUAUAAAUUCUCUUUUUAUUGCGAAUUUUGCAACAUUUACAUCCGACGGAAUGAUUGGUUGUACCAUUGUGAAAACUGUAGAUAUUUUUGCCAUAUCAAAUGCGCCUUAAAUGCAGAGCUACCUUCUACUCCAAGAGAUGGUCCAAGUACUUCCAUUGCUGAUGAAGAGGUAGAUAAUUUGCUGCAAUUUCCCAUGUCAAAUGCAUUUACAAAUCCAUUGAAACUACUACACUCUGGAAUGAUAGCACCAGAUGAUGACGAUGAUGCUGAUCGAAAAACUAUGAUUAACCAUUGGAGUCAUCGUCAUCCAUUAUUUCUUAAUGUCAAACAUCAAGCUGACAUGUCUGGUUGUAGUAGUGAUCGAUUAGAGAUUAGAACAUCUACUUCAUCCACCUCAUUUGCUUCACUUGACGUUGCAACAUGCGUCUAUCUAUCAAUGCAAUGGUUGUUUCAGCGGUGGCAACAAUUUUUUUUACCAGUGUCAAACUUGCAAGUUCUACCUCUGUGUCAACUGUGCAUUUCUACCCAAAAGCAUCAAACAUAA